AUUGUGUAUCGUUUCCUCGGCGUUCGUGCUGUAAGCGUAGGCGAUGUCGUCUGACGUGCGUAUGAUCGUGUGGUCGGCGAUGGCAAAGUGGUCCAGCUCAGCUUCCGCUUGUGCCUCUUCGCUUGAAAUCGGUUGUCCGUUGACACCGAUGGUCUCCUCCUCAUCAUCGCCCUCCUCCCCCUCAUCCGCUCUCCGCCUCCCACAUGCGCCCAGGCAGACUCCAGACCUCGGGCCAUGGUUGCUGUGAUCGUGGGCGCCGCCCUGCUUGUCGCCCUGGUGGUCGUCUGCCUGCUCCUCCCCAGGAUGCGAUCCAUGGACGCCCACGACCACGAGAGCGAGGAGUGCCUGGCUGGAAGUGGCGGGGCCCGCAGCGGCAGCAAGGUCGAGGGCAUGCUGCCAGCGUCCGAGGGACUGGCGGGCAUCCCCAGCCCAGACGCGCUGAGGACCUGGGCGAGCCACCUCCAGUGCGCCAGCUGGCCAGGCCUGCAGGCGCCGGCACCGUUCAGGUACACCCCGCUGCCCACGCACGACUCCUACCCCAGAGGCGCCCCGCUCCCCGUGGAGCGCCGCGCCCUGGCGGUGCCCGUGCAGACCGCCACGCCGGUGCCGGUGGAGGCGGUGCGACGGCCUCGGCUCCCCGAUCACCGCGUGGUGCCCGCACGCGAGCGGGGCGCCCUGGGGCCCGAUCACUCGAUGCCGUCGGUGCUGGAGGUGCAGGACGAGAGCGGCGUCUCGCUGGGGCCGCACGGCCAGCCCUGGGCCGCGCUCUUCGAUCCGGGGGAGCUGCCGCGCGCGCGGCGUUGGGCGUCCACCUUGGACCCCGUGGCCGAGCCCGUGGCGGCCAGCGCCAGCACCCCGGCGGUGACCGUGAUGCAGGCCGACCGCGAGGGGAACGCCUGGAGGCUGAGCGAAGGCUACAGCCACUGA